AUGCAGAGCUUUUUCGCAGCCCUCUGUCUUGGUAAGACUUUUUGAGAAAAUUGUAGUUUUUGCUGUUUGAAGAAAAAAACUAUUGUUUUUCAAAUUGAUAAGCUUCAGUUAGCCUCUCUACUUCUUUAUGUGAGCCUGACAAUCAGAAAAACUAAAACUGUGGUUAUUCUCCUCAAGGCUACCAUUUUUUGAACAAAAAAUCGUUCCUGGAAAAAUCAAAUUAAGACGUUUCAAAGAUACUCCCAUAAGAAUGAGUGGAAAUGAAGUCCUAUCUUUCAAACUGGUUCAAUUGAAUAAUUCCAGCGGCCGUUCUCGCCAUUGGCUCAGCUCAAUCCGACAGUUGUGAUGCCAGCUCUAUUCAGGUAGUUUUUCAAGCGAAAAUUCAAGUUCAAUGAAAACUUUCUCUCACGUGUGCCAAACGACAGGAGCCCGAUCAGAAUUUUUUAUCAGAGCCACUCGGUAUGAUAAGAAGAGAGAGAAGAAAAGAGAAGCUAGCCAAAUGUCUAACUGAUAAGCUUCCAUUUGACAAUAAAGCAUGCAAAUAAAAUAACUCGACUCGAAAUCAGAAAAAAUAAAUGAAACAUGCGAGAUGAAAAAUAACGCUUUGAAAUAUUUAAAAAAUGCAGAUUUUUUUUCUUUCAAAAGCUUCAAAAUUUCCUAGUCUGAACUAUUCAAUUUAGAUCUACUCAAUGUGCUUAGGAACGCCAGAUUGGUUUUUUAGGAGUAAAAUUCAAUCGGUCUCUAUAGGGGUUUAGAGUCUGACCCCUAAGUCCCUUGAGCUCAAGUGGUCUUUAUAGGGUUUUUAUCUUGCGUUUUAGUUUAAUCUGAAAAAUUAAACCUACAAAUGAACAUCUAAUUCAAUUUCCAUAGAGCAUUCAUCUCCAUAGAACCAAGAAAGUAGAUAGGAGAUAAUUAAAUUUGUCUAGGCCAUCACCAAAUGCUACCAAACAUACCUGUCCGGCUACAACUUCACAAUGACGGAUACACUUCCCGAGUACUGGUCGUUCCACAACCGCCGCGCUCAAUGGCUCAACGACUACGGCCUUCACGUUCAGCCGCAGAUUUGCCUGUGAGAACCCUUUUUUCCGAUGGUUAUCCAUGGAACUCACAUUCAGGCUCGGCAACACGCUCGUCAGCUGUCUGCAGCCGUACCAAUGCCUCGGUCCCAACGCCUACUUGCAGAUGAACGCCUUCAACCUCACCCAGGCUCAAGAUUACUACAUCGACCUCGCUGUCACGACCUACCAGUGCGGAGCUGGCUACAACAGUGAGCGAGGAUUUCUUUUUGGUUUGAGAUAACGAACUUUUUCAGUCGGUAACCAGGAGUUCUACUGCCUGGCGUUCUGCCGCGAACGUUACCAGAGCGACCUCGACGCCUGCUCCACGCAGAUGCAGAACACCAUUGCCCAAGGUGGCAACCCGUGCACGUUAGUCACUUUCCUUCAUUCUCAUCAACACUUAUCUUUUUUUCUAAUAAUUGGAUUUCAUUUUUUUUUCUCUCGAGAAAAGCACACUUUCGUUAGAAGCUAUGAUUUUCUGACUUUUUCAGAGCCACCCAACAAUUCCUCAACUGCCAAUCCAACAUCAUGAAAGGAUGCUGCGACUGGAACGCCGGCGUUUACAUUUGCAACGUUGAUCUUGUCGGUGGGUUAGGCCGGAAAAUGGUUUUCGAGUAUUUACCGCUUCAACAUAAUCUUGAACUACUGUAUAAAAUGACCAAAACUUUUCUCGAAGUCCCACAAAAUCAUUACUUAGUACAUUUGGAAUUUGCAGUUCAACGUACUUUUGGAUUUACUGAUUGACAUAAUUAUAUAGAAAUGAUAAUUAUAGAGUACUAUCUUCAAAGUUAUCGGAUCGCCUUAAAAGCCGUGACUUAUUUUUAAUGAACGUUCUAGAAAAAAAAAUCUCGAUCAGUCUAUAUAAAAGUUAAAGCCUUUCUUCACUAUAUACAUUUUUAGUAUUAGUAUCGAGACGAAAGCUUCUCUCAGAUUACACUUCUGCGCCUUUAAAAUUCCCAUGAAUCAAUUUUGAACAGGAAAAAAGAUAACAAAUCCAGGGAAAAUCAUAAAAUGGAAACAUUUCUUUCAAGCCUAGAAACACAUAAUACUCCCGAAUCAGAAGUUCUUUUUAUCACAAAACCGCUACUGGAUCCAGUUCUCAGAACUUGUUGGAUGUUACAGGAGUGAACGCCGUGUCGCCGCAAUGCUCCAACGCGGGACUUCUGUCGUGUCCGCCGCCGCGAACUCUGGCGGAAAUGGCGGCGAUCGCCCAGGCCGAAAUUCGCGCUGCUCGCCACGCAUAA